AUGCAUGGUAUUAUUCAAAAUAACAUUAAUCCAAAUAACACUUUUAUCAAUAACAACAAUACUGCGGAUAAUGACUUAAACAAGGAAAACGAAACUAAUGCUAACGAUAUAUCAGCCACCAUACAACCACAUUUGAUUAUCCCUAAAAAAAGAAGAGGAUUAAAAGCAAGACUGGACAAUCCUUUUAUUAAUAAUAUGAGCCGCGAUGACUUUGAUAACAAAGGCAAGGAUUUGUUGAAUCAUCCAACUAUUUUGGCAACCGAUGUUAACAAACCUAAUGAGUUAGCCUAUCCUACCAGAAUAUUCUCCAGUAGUAUUAGUCAAACACCAAAUACCAAUAUAUUCAAAACACCGGAAAUAUUACCAAAAAACAAUAACUAUAAUAACGAUAUCAUUGGAAAUAAAAGAGUAUUUUCAUUACCAAGCCAAAGUCUCAUAACGGAGCAGAUUAUCGACUCACAAAAGCCAUCAAAGUGUGACACUGUGAAAGAUAACAAUUUUCCAGCAGAAGAAGUCACAGCUUAUGCAAUCUCAUCGUCCUAUGAUGAUACUACUGAUAGUUCAACAACAAUCAUAUAUAGAUUUAAAAAAAUAGCUUUACUAGGUAAGGGAAAUUAUAGUCAAGUGUAUUUAUACGAAAAUAUAACAGCAGAUUUUGAUAAAAAAGAAGACAGUAGAGAUACUACUAAAAUACCGAGAUUUGUUGCCUGUAAACACAUAGAGUAUCCUAAGGAGUUAGUCAAAAGGUUUUCUAAUGAUAGCAAUAUAGAUGAUACUCCCACGCCUUCAACACCAAACUAUCACAGAAAAAUCACUACCACUAGCGCUUUUACCAGUGCGGACACUGAUAUGCUAUUACGUGUGGAAAGUUCCCUCUGUAGAGAAUUACAAGUUUUAAAAGGUUUGAAUCAUCCAUGUGUAUUAAAAUUGUAUGCUGUAAACAAUUUAGCCUUUAUUACAUCAACUCAUCCAUUACUAAGUCAUUGCAAUAACAUUCCUGACAAUUUUGUUGAUAAUGGAUCUAAAAGAUUACCGGAAUGUUACAUGUUUACCUCUUAUUGUAAAUAUGGCGAUUUACUAAGAUUGGCUAAACUAGCAGAACUAUCAUCAUUAAGUAUACAACGUAUAUUUGCUGAAAUUGUGAUUGCUGUUAAAUAUUUACAUGAAAAUUUGAUCAUUCACAGAGAUUUAAAACUAGAAAAUAUCUUUAUAAAUUACAAUUAUUAUGAGUUGGAAAAUGGUGGUGGUAAUGCCCCAGAUUUUUCUCAUCCUGUUAUCAAAAUUGGUGAUUUUGGGUUAUGCAAGAAAUUAUCUGAUCCGAAUGAACUAUGCACAACCAGAUGUGGAUCGGAAGAUUAUGUGGCCCCGGAGAUAUUGAUGGGAUUGGCAUAUGACGGAAGGUUGACUGAUUGUUGGGCAUUAGGUGUUAUUUUAUACGGGUUGCUUGAAGAUAUAUUACCAUUCGAUGUAAAUGCCUUAACACCCAAUGCAAUUGGUUCCCCAACUAUGAGAAGAAGAAUCAGCGGAGGUGCGAAUACCAGAAAAAGAUCCACAGCCCACAAAAUAGCGAGGUAUGAUUGGAAAUGGAUUAAAGUAGGAGAUGAGGACGACCUUCUAACACAAAAGUCAAAAAUUAUUGUAGAGAAUUGUUUGAUCAGAAGAAAUCAAAGGUGGGAUAUUGAUAAAAUUUAUCAUACCGAAUAUGUUUCAUCGAUAGCUUGUAAAUUAACAUUUGUAUAA